CGACGAUAACAAAAAUAUUGUUGAAACUCAUUUUUGCAGUGAUAGAGCUGGUUUCUUAAAAGAUGAUGAAAUUAUCGAACAUUUUCGCUACCCUGAUGAAUAUACUUUUAAAUUAGUUGCUGGAAUUGUUGCAUUUACCGGUCUUACGCGUGACCAGUUUUGGGAAAAUUUUGGCGAUUUUUAUGUUGACUAUCUUUGUGAUAACAGCUGGGAAGAGCUGCUGCGAUCAAUGAGUCCUGAUUUUGUGAAUUUCUUCAAUGGAUUGGAUUCAUUGUAUCAUUUCAUAAGUUUUGCCAUUUACAAAGAUACCAGAAAAGGACCGUUAUUUCGAUGUGAAAAAUAUGACGACGGGGAUUCAGUUUUGCUUCAUUAUUAUACCAGUCAGCAUGGAAUACAUCCUAUUGUCAAAGGUGUAGCACGCAAAGUGGCAAAAAAAUUCUUCGGUAUGGAAGUAAAAAUUACGCUAAUUGAUCUAAGCAAAUGCGAUUUGCAAUAUGCAAGUAACGCGCAGCAACAAGAACACGCUGUUUAUAAAGUUGAAGACAUAACGCAUUGUGGCUUAUUAUGUCGUAAAUCUGUAGAAGUUAUGGGCAAAACUGAUGGCAUACUACAAGUAAACAAAGCGGAUUUCAUUUCCUUACAACCGUAUCAUUUCAUAGCCGAUAACAAUUGUAAUUUAAUACAAUGCGGGAAAGGCUUUUACCAACACAUUUCAAUGGAAUCAUUAACGCCUGGGACACCGUUGGAAUGCAUAUUUGAUAUCAUCUGGCCACAGAUAUCAUUCAAUUUCAAUGCAAUAUACAAUCUUAUCAAUGCAAUAUUCAUUCUCCAAUUAAGAAGAGGGAUAAACAAUGAGGAGCCUAACAGUGUUCGAACUACCACAUAUCAGAAGAAAAAGUUAAAGCUGAAAGGACAAAUGAUGAUUUUGGAACAGAGAAAUUGGUUACUGUACAUUGGUUCACCAGAUAUAAGUACUAUUUCUGAGCUAUUUGAAUACGGAAUGCGUCUGGAAGCAAUGCCGUUACAUGAUUUCACUCGAGAUGUCAUACUUCUUAAUCAGCAACGCCUUUCCAAUAUUGAGCAGAACAUGCAGCUGCAAGCAAAUAAUACUCAAAUGGAGGAGCAAGCACGGAAUAUGAAAUGUGAACGAGUUAAAACGGAAACAUUACUGUAUCAAUUACUACCGACAUUUGUUGUUACGCAACUUCUUAACGACAAAACGGUGAAUGCUUAUGAAUAUCAAGAAGUAACAGUAAUGUUCGGUGAUAUACCAAAUUUUCACAGUAUUGUUAUGGGUUGCAGACCACAACAAAUCAUGAAAUUACUGAAUGAAUUGUUUACAAAGUUUGAUCGUUUGGUUGACAAACAUUCCGUAUUUAAAGUAGAAACAAUUGAUGACACAUAUGUGGCAGUGGGUGGGAUACCGGAAGAGACUGAUAAUCACUGUGAAAUAUUAUGUCAUGUGGCGCUUGGCAUGAUUUUUGAAACACGAUCCAUUAUUAAUCCGAUUACUGAAAGACCGCUCCAAAUACGUCUUGGCAUCAAUUCUGGACCAGUUGUGGCUGGAGUGAUUGGCAAGAAAAUGCCCAGAUUCUGUCUUUUCGGUGAUACGAUGAAUACGGCAUCACGUAUGGGUAGUCAUGGUGUACCCGGAAAGAUCCAUUGCAGCAAAACUUCUUUCGAAUGCGCUCAAAGAACGGGCAAAUUUAUUUUUGAAUAUCGCGGUAUGACAAAGAUUAAAAAUAAGGGCGUAAUGGAAACAUACUUUUUAAAAGCGAGUAUCAAAAAAUCCAUCUGGGAAAUCAUUGGAAUUGAAAGAAAUAUCAAUGAACAUUCCAUUGAUGGUUAUGCUGAGCUGGAAGAAGGUUUGGAACAGAAUGAAGUAAAGAAUUGUCAAAUCUGUACAAUUCUCUAACUUUUUAAACAGAAAGUUGGAUUUUUUUGAAUUUGAUAUGAAUGAACGGACGGAUAAAUAUUGCAUCAAUUCAAUGAUGUUUCAGAUCGUUCAAAAACUGAAAUAAAACGGGAAGUAUGAAGUAUG